AGAGAGAGGGGGAGAGAGAGAGGAUCAGCGCGCGCUUGAGUUAUUAUAAAAUCUGAUAAAUAAAUAAAUAUCCCUGACACCCUUCUUGAUGGUGAACUUGCGUUAGCACAGUUAGCAUACUAAGCCGAUAGCAUGACGUCAUCGUCGUGUUUCCUGUUUCCGGUUGUAAUCAGUGUUAUGCUAAGGUAAGUUAGCAGCGGGGCCUGAGGCAGAGGCACAUGUAUGGGUGCUCCUACCACUUGAGUUUCUCCAGGACUGCUUUGUGUGUUUUGGAGAUGGGAGAUCAAUGGACCCCACAGACGAAUCUGAUGAUGUCAGAUCCUUGUCUGGACCCAAAAGACCUGUCAAGCAUUUCCCACAUCAGUGUGUCCCAUCAUACACACACACACACACUCCCUUCCACACACUCCUACAGCGUGCUGAGCGCCUUCUGUACUGAGGACAACAUCCCACAGUGUGUGACCUAUAUCAAUCAGGAAGCCAGCUCUCUGGGCCUGUGUGGUGUGUGUGUUGAACCCAGAGGUGGUUCUAAUGGCUUGAGUGCUGUUCCUGCCCUAAACCUGCUGUUUGAGCUUCUCCAGCUGCAAAGGAAACAUCUGCGCACCCUGCAGGACCUCGAGCAUCGUCAGUUGAAAAACUGCAGUGACCUGGAGCACCUCCAGCACAACAACUCGCGCCUCAAAGACCAGCUGGAACACACCCGCAGGGAGAACUCUGGCCUUCAUGAAGGAGAGCGUCAGCUGCAUCUAAAAAUCAGGACACUGCAGAGCUGCUUGAAGUCUGAAAAAGAAGAAGUGCAGAAACUCCAGAGCAUUAUUUCCAGUCGAGCAACUCAGUAUAGCCAUGAUGCCAAACGCAAGGAGAGAGAGUGCACCAAACUGAAGGAACGUCUGAACCAACUACUGGUGGACAAGAGGGACAAAAAGCUUGCCAUUGAAGUGGUGAACUGUGUAAGUCGUUCUGAUGGAAAGAGAGGAAUGUGGAAGACGAGCAGAAUGGAGGCGAGACAUGAGGGUGAGAUGUAUCAAGCUCUGCUAAAUGAUUAUGAGGUCAGACAGCAGGCUCUGGUGCAGGAGAAUUCUGAACUGAAGAAGCUGCUGCAGCACAUCAAGAAGGACAUGGUGUCUAUUCUCAAUCCCAAUCCACACUGCAGCAGGACAGAGGACAGUCUGGACCAGGUAAACUCUGAGGAUGAGGAAUGCAGUAAAGAGAAUACAGAGCAGGUGUGUGUGGAUGCGCGAGAGCAGCUGGCCAACAGCAUACGCCUGCAGUGGAGAAAACUAAAGAACCACAUGCACACACUUGACACACAGGUGUCUCAUGAGGAAAUGAUCUCCAGAAGGGAACAUGAAGGGGCAAUGCAACACCUCAGAAAGGAACUGCAGCAGUGUACAGAGUUUAUACACACACAACAACUACUUCUCCAGCAGCUGGUCUCUCCAUUUGAUGAAGAUGCAGCAGCUCUGCUGAAUGAUGGAUACACCCUGGAAGAGAAAGAACGACUGAAGGACGAGUGGAGGAUCUUCAAUGAGCAGAAGAAAACCUUUGAGAGGGAGAGAAAGAACUUUACUGAGGCUGCAAUCCGUCUGGGGCAUGAGAGGACGGUGUUUGAAGAAGAUAGAGCCAUGUGGCUGAAAACACAGUUUCUAAACAUGACACCAUUUAUUGAGCGAAAACGCCCCGCCUCCUCUCACAGCCAAUCAUCACUCAGUAAGUGUUCACCAAACCCCGCCUCCUCUUACAGCCAAUCAUCACUCAAUGCUGAGCCUGAAGCUAAACUGGUGUCCACUCCUGAUCCCUCAGUAAGGGGUUUGUCCCUGACAGAGUUCUCCAGCCCUAAACCUUCUCCUUUCAAUCUGCCCUCCACUGCUGAGCUUUACCGCACCUUACAGCUUCGCCCCAACACCAGGAGCAGCGGCAGCACUCAGACCUCAUCAAGUGAUGCUCCUGCUGCACACACAUAAUGAAGAAACACACACACACACACACACACACACACACACACACACACACAAAAUAGCUUUAAAUGUAAAUGAGAGUCUGUGGGCUGUUGAUCUGAACACAGCAGCUGCAGAGACGAAUGCUGAUGAAUUUCACUCCUCAAUAAUAAUUAUAAUAAUAAUAAUAGUAAUAAAUUCUCUUGCUGCUGCAGUACAGAUGUGGGGAAUCUUUUGAGUAAAGAGGAGAAUAAUUAAUCUGAGUUCAGAGGAAAGAUGGGAAUUUUUCACUAGUCUUUGUACAUGAUAUUUGUACAGUAUGUUUAUUUCUCCAUGUAUGUUUUAUUUUAUUUUUUACAAUUAUAUUUCUACCUGAAUUCCUCACUGCUUUAUUAAACAUGUUUACUUUUAGACAAUACCUGCACUCUGUUCAGUACAGGAGGCGGGUUCAGUACAGCGGUGUGUGAUUCAGGGGUUCAUGUGUUUUUAUUAGAUGCCAUGUUUUGGAUAAAGUUGUAAAAUAAAGGAUGAUAUUAAUGAAA